ACAACACAGCACAACACACCAGAUUCGCGCCCAAAAGGCGCCCACCCAUUGAACAAGAUGGCCUCCACCGUCAAAGCAGUCACCAAAGACUCUUCCCCCCUCUCCUUCAUGACCCGCCUCUCCCAACACGUCUACCUCUACCGACCCUCCUCCUCCACCACCUUGUCUCCAACAACAACAACAACAACAACAACAACAACAACAACAACCACCACCACCACCACACCCGGCAACCGUCCACCACCAAAACUCAUCCUCCUCUGCUCCUGGAUGGGCGCCCGCGACCCCCACAUCGCCAAAUACAUCACGCCCUACCAGGCCUUAUUCCCCAGCACCCCCAUCCUGCUCAUCAAAUCCGAGAUACAGCACGUCUUCCAGCCCAAGACCUCCUGGCCCGACAUGCAAGUCACCGUGCCCGUCCUACGAGAGAUUUUCGGCUCGGAAAUGCUCCAACCUGGUUCCGACAGAUUUGGCUCCUCUACCACCGCCCUUUCUUCUUCCUCAACACCCACCAACGACAGCACUGAAAAAGAAGAAGAAGAAGACCAACCCACCCUCCUAAUCCACCUCUUCUCCAACGGCGGUUCCGCCCAGCUUCUUUCUCUACACCACUACCUCCUCCAGUCCCCUCUAAACCUCCGCCUCCCACCGCACUUAACGAUCUUCGACUCCGCCCCAGGCCAAAUAGCUUACCUCCCCACUUACCGAGCCCUCUCGCACGUCCUUCUCCCGCCUGCUUCCCGCGCUGGGUCCUCUUCUCUCUGGGACACCCUCCGCCGCAUGUUCAUUUCCCCCUUACUGCACAUCUGGGUAUCCCUCCUCUGGACGAGCAACUUCCUUUCCCGCCUGUUCAAACUACGCUUUUUGGAAUCUCCGCUGGAACGGGCAGCAAGGGAGCAGAAUGAUAGGACGCCUGGAAAGGGGAGGGCGGAAAGGGAAAGGGGACGGAUGUAUUUCUAUAGUGAGGAGGAUGAGUUGGUGGGGUAUAGAGAUGUGGAGGCGCAUAUGGAUGAGGCGAGAAGGAGGGGUAAGGGGGUUAGAGGAGAGAAGUUUGCGGGGACGGGGCAUGUAGGGCAUGCGAGGGGGGAGAAGAAUGCGGAGAGGUAUUGGAGUUGUGUGAGGGGGUUUUGGGAGGGGGAGGGGUGGAUGUGAGGUUGGGGAGCGUAAUGGUGAGCGGGAUAGGGGUUGCGAGGAUGAGGGCGUGGGUGGUUGAGGAGAUAAGACCUCGAGGUGUAUGGAUAUUGGAGCGGAUAACAGAAUAGACCAGUGGGCUGGGUAAGAGGAACUGGAAGGCGGUACUGUGAUACCGAAAGGAAGAAGGUAGAAAGUAGACGCCGGCUGAAAGAUACCCUUGGAUUUACAGUCUUCUGAUACCUAUUAGUAUUGCUGCUCUUGGUUUGAAGAUCAACAGGAUAGAACUAGUUGCUACAGUCAGUCGUCAAAUUUGUAGAACUGAACUGGAUGGUCGAUUACCACCAAG